CAGAGUGUGGCGCCCCCCGGCGGCAGCGAGAACUCAAUGUGACAACCGGAUCUGAGCGCCUGCCAUGGAGCCGCAGAAACAGGCGCGAACACCCGGGGACCCCGUCGCGUGGCCGCGUGGGCCCUCGAGGUCUCAGACGCCGGACGACGAGGAGGGGCCGGAGGGCAACACAGCGCCCGCGGCGGCUUUUCUGGGCGCGGAGGCGGACGACGCCUGUGCGGACGCGCUGUGGGAGCUGCCGGUGGAGCCCGCCGAGCGGAGGCCCGAGUGCAGCCGCUGCAGCCGGCCUCAGAAAGUAUGUUUGUGUCCAUUUCUACCAUUGCAUCCUCUGCAUAUCUCUACUCAUUUGUACAUAAUUCAGCAUCCAGCAGAGGAAAACAAAGUGUUGCGGACAGUUCCCCUUUUAGCAGCAUGCCUCCCCCAGGACAAGUGUAAAGUCAAGAUUGGUCGUCGCUUCAGUGAAGAAAGAGAUCCUGAACUUUCAACUGUUUGUCGGAAGUCUGAUACAUUAAUAUUAUAUCCAGGGGCCGAAGCUGCUAAUUUGGAAGAAUUUAUAUUAGAUUCUCCUAUUUAUCCUUCCACAAUCAUCAUCAUUGAUGGUACAUGGAGCCAGGCUAAGGACAUUUUCUAUAAGAAUUCUUUGUUCCGCCUGCCCAAACAGGUGCAGUUAAAAACUAGUGUUUCUAGUCAGUAUGUAAUUCGGACACAACCGACUAAUAGGUGCCUUUCUACCCUGGAAUGUGCAGCUGCUGCUCUUUCCAUUUUGGAGAAGAAUGAUUACAUACAGGAGACUUUGCUUCGCCCUCUUCAAGCUUUGUGCUCUUUCCAGCUGCAGCAUGGUGCUCAAAUUCGCCUCAGCAAGGAACACCUUCUGAAAAAUGGAUUAUAUCCUAAGCCAAUGCCAAAGAACAAACGCAAGCUCAGGAAAAUGGAACUGUUAAUGAACAGUGUUAAAAUUUAGUACUGUUGUUCCAUGGUGCUAGUUAUGGUGUCUUCCGCUGAUAAAACCAGGUGAAGUUUUCAGAAAAUUUAAGUCUGUGGGUUUUUGACUGUCUAGAGUGAGAGUUGCAUGCUCAACUUGCCCAGCAGAAGGAAGUCAACCAAAUAGCCAUAAAAAAGCAAACAAAAAAAAAUUUCGCUGACCCAGUAAAAACCAAGGUUUCAUACUGAGUUUGUUUAAAAAAAAAAAUGUGCCUCUAAUACAUUUUUCCAGAUCCAUAGUUUGGAAUGUGUUUGAAAUUAGUUGUUGAGCGAGGUUAGAAGGUUUUUUUGUUUUUUUUUUUGUUUUUUGUUUUUUUAUGUAAAAUGGAAAGAAAUUAUUGUACCUGAUUGGGACAGUAUUGUUUUCAUGAAUGUUAAUAGAUAAUUAGGUAUAUAUAAUAGAGGAUACUUAUGUCAAUAUGCAAUAUUGUACAUAAACUUUAUAGUUUGAAGUAAUAAUGAUCACCAAGUAGUUUAGAUUGAAUUUAUUUUUUCCAUAGAAUAAUAUAGCAGAAUAAGGGAACUAAAUAAAUUACUUAGGUACUAAACUUGAACUCAGCUAUUAUGAUUUAAGUGUUACUAUUAAUUGCCCCAGUUUUGUUGUAUUAGGGUAUACUUGGAACGUAAGAUUAUAUUAGUUUCAGGUGUUCACCAUAAUGAUUUGAUAUUUAUAUACAUUGCAAAAAUAAUCAUUGUAUGAUAAGUCUACCUAACAUCCCUCAUACGUACUUAAAAGAUUUUUUCUUCUUAUAAGAACUUUUAAGAUAAACUUUCUUAGCAACUUUCUAAUAUAUGGUAUUUGUAAUUUUGCAGAAUUAUUAACUACAGUCACCAUGCUUUAUAGUACAUCUCCAUGAGGUAUUUAUUUUAUAACUGGAAGUUUGUUCCUUUUGACCCCAUUCACCCAUUUUGCCCACCCCACAGCCACCAGCCUGUUCUCUGUAUCUGUGAGCUUGUGGGUUUUUUUUUUUUUCCUUUCCUUUUCUUUUUUUUAAGAUUCCACAUAAGUGAUAUCAAAUGAUAAUUACCUUUCUCUGUGUGACUUAUUUCACUUACCAUUAUGCCCUCCAGGUCCAUCCCUGUUGUCGCAAAUAGCAAGAUUUCAUUCUUUUUUAUGGCUGAAUGAUAUUCCACUGUCUAUAUACACACCACAUUUUCUUUAUUCAUCCGUCAAUGUCUAUUUAGGUUAUUUCCAUGUCUUAGCUAUUGUAGAUAAUGCUGCAGUUAACACAGGUGCGUCUUUUGAAGUUAGUCUUUUUGUUUUCUUUGGAUAAAUAUUCAGAAAUGGAAUUACUGGAUCUUAAUGGUAUUCUAUUUUUUACUUUUUGAGGAACCUCUAUACCUUUUUUCAUUGUGGCUGCACCAAUUUACAUUCCCACCAACAGUGCAUGAUAGUUCCCUUUUCUCCAUAUCUGUGUCCCUUUUUAUUUCUUGUCUUUUUCAUUAUAGCCGUUCAAACAGGUGUGAAGAGGCAGUUCUUUGGGGUUUUGAUUUGCAUUUCCUAAUGAUGAAUGAUAUUGAGCAUCUUCUCAUAUGCCUGAUGGCCCAUCUGUAUGUCUUCUUUAGAAAAGAGUUUGUUCACUUCCUCUGCCCAUUUUUUUUGCCCCCUUUUUAUUCAAAUUGUGUGUGUGUGUGUGUGUGUGUGUGUGUGUGUGUGUGUGUGUUUGCUGUUGAAUUGUAGGAGUCCUUUAUUUUUGUUAUUAACUUCUUAUCAAUAUCUGACAUACAAAUAUUUUCUCACAUCCUGGGGGUUGCCUUUUCACUUUAUUGAUGCUUUUUUUUUGUUGUGCAGAAACUUUUUAGUUUGAUGUGGCCUCACUUGUUUAGUUUUGCUUUUUUUGUAUUUGCCUUUGGUGCCUGAUUUAAAAAAUCAUUGCCAAGGCUGAUGUCAAGGAGCUUGCCACCUUUGUUUUCUUUCUAGUUUUAUGGAUUUCACAUUUUACACUCGUCUUUAAUCCAUGUUGAAUUAAUUUUGUGAGUGGCAUAAGAUAGCAGUCCAGUUUCAUUCUUUUGCGUGUGGCUCUUCAGUUUUCCCAACAUCAUUUAUUGAAGACUGUCCUUUUGCCAUUAAAUGUUCUUGCCUCCUUUGUUAUAGAUUAAUUGAGCAUACAUGUGUGGGUUUAUUUCUGGACUCUAUUGUGUUUGAUGGAUCUCUGUGUCUUUUUUUUUUAUGCCAAUACCAUACUAUUUUGAUAACUAUAGCUUUGUAGUACAGUUUGAAAUCAGGGAGUAUGAUGCUUCCCCCUUUGUUUUUCUUUCUCAGGAUUGCUUUGGCUUUUGGGGUCUUUUGUGGCUCCUUACGAACUUCAGGAUUGUUUGUUCUAUAUCUUUGAAAAAUGCCUCUGGAAUUUUAAUAUGGAUUGCAAUGAAUCUGUAGAUUGCUUUGUGUAGUAGCCCUAAUUUUGAAAAAGGUGCAUGGAAUUUUGACACAGCACACAUUUUUAUUUUAUUCAUCAAGAAGGCUUAUUGAGUGUGAUAAACUAGUCAUAUGGAAACAACUGAAAUAGAAUAUAACUAUAAUUUCAACAACAUAUUUUUCUAACUGGGGCUAUUUAAAUAUUUUUUCGUGAACAAAAACUUUCAAUUUCAGAGAGCAAAUUUUCCCCAACCUUUUGGGAAAAAUAUUUACUGACAUUUUAUAUACUAGUAGAGACAUGUAUGUAAUAUAUAUUUGUAUCUAACUUAAAUCUACUGCAGUCGUAUACCCAUAUUGGCAAGGAGAGGGGACUUUGUUUUCUUUAUUUAUGACUUCUAGAGUUUUUUGAAUCCAGUAUCAAGUUGUAAGGAAAAACUAAAUGUGCGACCUAAAAGUAAUCUUGUUAUAAAUACAUGUGCAUGUAUGAUAUAUGAAUGGUUAUUUCUGACCAUUUUCAUUCUUAUUUAUUUAUUUUUAUUGUUGGCCUAGAUUAAGCCCUUCUUAAAAGCUUUAAUGCUAGUCAGAAUGAUAGUAAAUGUUUGGGGAAACUAUGUAGAAAAUAUUUUAAAAUAUUAAACAAAAGUUAGAUUUCUAUCCUGUAUUAUUGACUUUUUAAAAAAUUAAAACACAGUUUGGCUCAUUUAAAAAAAUGUUUAUUUAUUUUGAGAGAGUGGGGGAGGGGCAGAGGGAGGUGGAGAAAGAGAAUCCUCAGCAGGCUCCAUCCACGAUAAGCUCGAUGUGGAACUUGAUCUCACGACUUAGAUCAUGACCUAAGCCAAAAUCAAGACUUGGUUGCUUAACCAACUGAGCUACCCACUACUAUCAAAUGACUAUCUAGGUAUAAUAGAAAAGAAAUAGUAAUAAUAAUGUAUAAUGGUCUCCUAACAAAUGGGUUAAAAUAAUCUUACAGUAAUUGUUUUCAGAUUAAAAUUAAAUUUUGCAAAUUUCUUUUAUCCACUAUUAUUGCCUUUUAAAAAAAGAUAUUCCUGUAUAUGACCCAUAUAAGUCUUUAAAUUGUAUUUUAAUUUAUAUUGAUUUUUAGAAUAAUUACUACCUUUAUCUUUUAACUACAGAAUUAGGGUAAUUUUUGAACACUUACAAAAGCUUAAAAUUUAGUAUUUUUGGAAAUGUAUAAGCAUUUUUAAAAUAAGUUUAUAUAGUUUUCCAAAUUAUUUUACUGACUUCUUAAAUUACUUAAUUAAUUUUUUAUUUCUUACUGAUCUCCUGACAAGAUUAUUUCAUUUACUCCUCUCUGGUAUUCAAUGCUUCUUUAGUCACUUGCUCUCAUCAGGCAGUUUUAGAUAACAUUUAAAACUAUUGGAGUGCCCCAGUAGCUCAGUCGGUUGAGUGUCCAACUUCAGCUCAGGUCACGAUCUCACAGUUGGUGAGUUUGAGCCCCAUAUCAGUCUCAUUGCUGUCAGCUUGCACUCUCUUUCUCUCUCAAAAAUAAAUAAAACAUUAAAAAAACAACUAUCACUAGUAGGUUUAGUUAUUAAAAAUACUUAUAAUGUGUAGUAUUAUGUGAAGAUUUUAACUGAAAAUUUAACCUGGCUUUUAAAAGUUGUUACUUUUUUGGGGGCACUUGGGUGGCUCAGUCAGUUGAGUGUAGGCUCCUCAUUUUGGCUCAGGUCAUGAUCUCGUGGUUGGUGAGACUGAGUCCCACGCAGGGCUCUGCACUGCAGUGCAGACUCCACUUUGGAUUCUCUCUCUCCCUCUCUCUCUGCCUGUUCCUCAGCUCGUGCAUAUGUGCUCUCAAAAUAAAUAAGCAUUUAAAAAAUAAAAAAAUAAAUAAAAGUUACUUUUUUAUUGUGUUAGUUGGCUUUUAAGUUCAGAUGCUUUUUGUUUGAUUUGCCUGGACUAGUUCCAUUUUGGGGGGGAUUUAUAGCUGAUAGUAGUCUUUACAUACAAACUUGAACUACACUUUGAUGUUGGGUAUUGUUUUGUGAAUUGUUACUUGAACCACGUAAUUUAGAAUGUAGUAUUUCUUUAUACACAAGGUGAUUGAUUAUGCAUUUAGCACAGUACGUUGUUGAAAAUCACCAUAUAAUGAGUGGUGUUAUUUUCAUUUUCUUGUACUUGAGUAUGAAGGGUUGAGAGCUAUACUGAAUGAAGCAAGUCACAGUACUUGGCAGAUUUCCCUAGGUUAGCUUGCAAGAUUUCUCAGGUGAAAACAUGAGAGUUAUAUUAAAAAUUAUGUUCUGGGGUGUCUGGGUGGCUCAGUCGGUUAGUGUCAAUCUGUUAGUGUUAGUGUUAGUUUGGUGUCAGUCGGGGCGUCCCGCUUCGGCUCAGGUCAUGAUCUCAAGGUUUGUGGGUUUGAACCACGCAUUGGGCUCUGUGCUGACAGCUCAGAGCCUGGAGCCUGCUUCCGAUCCUGUGUCUCCCUCUCUCUCUCUGCCUUUCCUCUGUUCACGCUCUGCCUCUCUCUGUAUUUCAGAAAUGAAUAAACAUUAAAAAAAAAAAAAAAAGAAAGAAAAAUUAUGUUCCCCCUAUUUUAAGACUUCAAACCCAACUUUCUUUAGCCGUGACUACUGUAGCAUUAGAUUUUAGAAGGAGCAAGCUCUUCACUACCACCUUAAUGAGUUAUAUAGAAGAGUACUUCUUCAUAACUUCUUCAGUUUCUUCAUCACAUAUUCCCACUUGCCCUAAAUUGGCUAUUUAAAAAAUGUGAUUGUGUUAUUAAAGAAUCCUUUCCAUUGAAUAUUGAUGAAUUUCAGGAAAGUAAAUUGUUGACCCUUGGAUACAGUUGUCAUUGGUAUAGAAGUAAAUGUUGAUGCCCUAAGUAAAAAAACUAGAUUUGACUAGGUGAACUCAAAAGUUUUAUCUAAUGGGCCUUUUAUUAUGUAGAUUUAGUCCUUAAAAAUAAGUGUGAGUGGAUUUUUUUAUAGGUAAAUAAUACUAUGGUUUAGAUGUAAUGAAACUUUGCAUUUAAUUGUCCCAUAGCAUAGAAUGAAUCACAACCUCUUAACAUUUUUCAAUCAAAUUUUUAUUUACUGGAUUUGCUUAAUAUAUUCUCUUUCCUUUUUCUUUUUUUUUUUUUUAGCUUUAUUAAGGAAUCAUUGACAAAUAAAAUUGUGAGGUGUUUAAAAUGUACAACAUGAUGAUACGAUAUACAUAUUCAUUGUAAAAGGAGUCUCUCCAUCAAGUUAACACAUCCAUCACCUCACAUAGAAAUGUUUUUUCGUGUGUGUGAUAACAUUUAAGUUCUACUGUUGUGGAGAUUUCAGUUAUACGGUCCAGUGUUAUCGACUACAGCUGCCAUGUUCCCCCUCCUUUCUCCUCAUACUUUCUUCUUCCCAGAUUCCUCCUCUCCCUUCUCCUCACUCUCCCUGUCCUCUUUCCUUUUCUAGUAUCCUUAUCCUGUCUACUGUUGUGUUUUUUUUAAAUGUGUACAAAUUAUUUGUGUAUCCUUGCAUAAGUGGUUUUUUUAAAAAGAUCAUGUAGUAGUCUUCACAGCUUACAAUUUUAUUUUUGAAAUUUGUGCAGAAAAUCAGGCACUUACUCUGUGAUGCUGACUUGUCUCCCUUACUCUACUCCCUUACUCCCUUACUCUCCCUUUCUCUACACUAGAGAAACAUGUAAUCACUUACUAGUCUUCAAUAAUUGUUCACGUGAAUCAACAACAUAAGAAUUUUUUAAAGAAACUUUUUAAUGUAAGAAUUUUUAAAAAACCGAGGUAGGUAGCCUUUGAAUAAGAAAUUAUAGUUUACUCUUAUUUAAAGGUACGUUAAGAAAUGAAAACAUUCUUCUUCAUUCCCUUAUUUUAAUUGAAAUAUAAUUGACAUAAAACAUUAAUUAGUUUCACGUGUUUUUAGUGAUUUGAGUGAUAUUUGUAUACACCAUGAGAUGAUCACAGUAAGCCUAGUUAUCAUUUGUUAUCGUAUGAAAUUAUAAACUUUUUUUCUUGUGAUGAGAACUUUACGAUAUACUCUCUUGAUAACAUUCAAAUAUGCAAUACAGUAUUGACUAUAGUCACUAUGCUGUACAUUACAUUCCCAUGACUUAUUUUAUAACUGGAAGUUUGUAUCUCUUGAACACAGCUACCCAUUUUGCCUACUUCCCAAGCCCCCUCUCCUCUGGCAACCACCAUUCUUUUCUCUUUGUGUUUUGUUUUGUUUGCUUUUUAGAUUCCAUAGGUAAGUGAUAUCAUAUGGUAUUUGUCUUUUGUUGUUUGGCUUAUUUCAUUUAGUAUAAUAUCUUCAAGGUCCAUUUAUGUUGUUGUUGCAAAUGGCAACAGUUCAUUCUUUUUUAUGACUUAAGUAGUACUCCAUUAUAUAAUUCCACAUCUUUAUCCAUUCAUCCAUUGAUGGACCCUUGGGCUGCUUCUGUAAUUUGGCUAUUGCAAGUAAUGCUGCAGUGAACAUAGGGGUGCAUGUAUCUUUACAAAUUAGUGUUGUUGCUUUCUGCAGUUAAAUACCCAGAACUGGAAUUUCUGGAUUGUAUGGUAGUUCGACUUUUAAUUUUUUAAAGAAACCUUGAAACAUUUUUAAAAGUAUGUCUGCCUCAGGAUUUUUGUCAUUACCCCAUACUCCUCACUGAUUUUGCAUACUAAUAGCAUUUAGUCAUCUCUCUCCACAUGUUAUUUACAAGGUGAAAAAUCGCUUAUUACAUUUUUUAUAUGUAAUUUUAUGGGAAACAUUAGUUGAUAUGAAAAUGGCAAUAAUUUACAAUAUGGUCAUCAGAUUUUAUAAACAUAACUGCCUAUCAUUUUGUAUUUAUUAAAUAGUUUUACUUCUAAAGUUGCCUUUUUCUUAAUAAAAUCAGUGAAGAAAUUUUUAAAAUGUACAUGAAAAACCUGGAUCUAAAAUGUAAGCUUACCUUUUUCCUGUUUCUGGAAUAUCUGAUAUUAUGGAAAUGAAAGAAAUGUUUUAACAGCAUAUUUUAAUACUUAUUUUGUUAGUAACUCUCAGAACUCUCAUACGUUCAAAUUCUUUGUGGCAAAUUCCAUGUGGCAGGUACUUUCACCUGUGACAUAUAUAGUCUCAUAUAAAAGAAAAAUAUUCAUUUAAUGAAUAAGCUAAAAGUAAAGAUUAGUUGAAAUAAGGAAUGUUUUUAAGGUAAAAUGCAUUAACAAAUUGAUUGUUCCUUUAAUUUGUGAAGUGUUUAUUCAGUAACUUAAAGUAGGAAAAAUGGUUUAUGAUGUCACUUUGAUUUUUCAUUUGUGCUAAUUGAUUUUAUUAUUUUUAAGAGUAUUAGUACUUAUUUUAGCUUGAGAGUUUGUUAAUGUCUUUACUCUUGGUACAUGAUAAUAGUGUUUACUUAGAACUAGACAUGUGUGAUUUAUAAUACCUAAUAUUCACUUAAUUAUUAAUGCAAUGUUAAAUUUAAUUUCCACUUUAAAAGAAAUAGUUAAGUUCCUAAUGACUCAAUAGUUGUUUUGUAUAAUGGCUUUACUAUUUUUUGUUGAUAGCAAACAUUAUUUGAAAUGUUUUUGAAAAUAUAAUUGCUAUGUUUUAUUUUCUUGGUGAUCCUCAAUAACAUCAUUAUUAAAAUAUCAUAAAUAUUUAAUUUGAAAUGUAUGAAUUAUUCCUAGCAUUAAAGAACAGGGUCUGUUGGGUAAUACAUCUCUGCAUGCACCUACCAUUAUUUUGAAUAAUGGACGUGAUGAUAUUAGUAGCAAAAUAGGCUUGGGCAUCCAUAAGAGGUUUUAAUAGUAUAUAGUAAAAGUAUCUGUAAUCUGUGUCUUUUAUGUGUAUUCGUAGAUCUUUGUUUACUUCUUAUUUCUCACUAAUCAGUCCAAUAAACUAUUUAUUUAGUAGAUAUUUUUGUUUAGCUUUUACUCUGUGUCAGGCACUGUGUUGGGUGCUAGAGUGAUGUGGAUGACAGAGUCCCUGUGUCUGAGAAGUUGAAGUUGUGGCUGUUGGAGACAUAUCAUGAUAACAUAAUUUUAGAUAUUGAUAACUGCUAUGGAAGAGCAUCCUAGAAUAGAGUAUGAUGAGACUUUAGUCACAGUUGGGGAAGGCCUUGCUAGAGGAAAUGAAAUUCAGGUCUGUG